GAGAGCGCAGCGGGUGCUGUCAGGACUGGCGUAACUUACACUAGGCUAGGCGGGCCACUGUGCAUUCCCGCCACGAGCCCACCGCCACGAGUGCUGCUCGCACCAUGUUCUGUGCUGCUGAGUCGUCCACGUCGACGCCGCCCGCAGCGCUGCACGUGUUGAGCUCGCCAUGUCUCGUCCAAACCAUCUUCGCGUGUCAACCUGGUCGAGCCUUCCAUGCAUGGACGGACGGCGACGCUGCGGCCGCCGCUGGUCACGUCGCUCUGUGUACCCUUCACCCGAGCGUGACGUAUUCGAAACGCGCGGUCGACUGUGCGGCCAGGCACGGGCAUGCGUCAACUGUGUUGUGGCUGGUCUCCCAUCGACUUGGUGUGGUGUCGUAUCAAACAUGGGAUGUCGCGGCAAAAGGUGGACAUCUCGGAACGCUUCAGGUGCUGCAUGCGCAUCUCCCCGACCGCGGCGGGUCCGCGAAUGCGCUGGACUGGGCCGCGGCGUUUGGUCAUGAAUCCACCGUCCGAUGGCUCCUCGAAACGUACCCGCAGACAAUAGCGACAGCAUUCGCCAUGAACGAGGCAUGCAGACGUGGCCACGCGGCAGUUGUACAGCUCCUGCACGACAGCGGACGCGUCGAGAGCUGCUCGACGUCGGCCAUGAACAGCGCCGCAACGAACGGGCACCUCGAGAUCGUUCGAUACUUGCAUCUGAAUCGCAUCGAAGGGUGCACGACGGACGCGAUGGACGGCGCGGCAGCGAACGGCCACCUCGACGUUGUGCAAUUCCUUUCGUCGAAUCGGACGGAAGGCUGCACGUCAUCUGCACUCCAACGCGCUGCCUCCAACGGGCAUCUAGCCGUCGUCCGCUACCUCCGCCGCCUCGGCGACCCAGCGUGCUGGGCCAUCCAUUUGGACCCCGUUGCCGGGAAUGGCCAUCUCGACGUCGUGCAGACUUUGCUUGAAGCAGGGCCGUGCCGCGCGACGACGGCCGCGAUGGACGUCGCCGCAGCAAAUGGCCACUUGGACGUCGUGCAAUUCCUCCAUGUGCAGCGAUUCGAAGGAUGCACGACGGCGGCGCUCGACAUGGCCGCGACGAAUGGCCACUUGGACGUGGUUGCAUUCUUGCAUGAGCAUCGGACCGAAGGCGGUACCGUCCGAGCGAUGAAUGGCGCGGCGCAGCACGGCCAUUUGGCCAUUGUCCAGUUCCUGCACAUGCAUCGGUCGGAGGGGUGUACGACCGCCGCCAUGGACGGCGCGGCUUCCCACGGCCACUUGCAUGUCGUGCAGUGGUUGCACUGCAACCGACAUGAAGGGGGAACGACGCGGGCGAUGGACUAUGCGUCGCUGCACGGCCACUUGGACGUCGUGCGAUGGGUGCAAGCAAAUCGGCCAGACAUGGGCUGCACAACGUGGGCCAUGGACUGGGCGGCGGCCAACGGCCAAGUGGACCUCCUCGACUUCCUCCAUCGACACCGACAGGAGGGCUGCACCACGCAAGCCACGGAGUGGGCGGUGGCGAACCGACAUGACAACGUCCUCGAGUGGCUCGCGGCGCAUGGGUAUUGCGUGUAGUUGAAUCGACGUGUGUGUGUGGCUGAACCGAUCGUGGGGUUUCCGUGCGUCACGGCCGCGCCAGUGACUCUCGCAGGUCGUAGCAGCCAUCCAACCACGAGAGACGUGCGGUCCGAAUCGCUCAGACACGGACCACAUUAACGUACGACGGACCGCGUGUUGGGAAAUGGGUCGUCGAGGGGUUUCCUGGCCAUCCGCCGCCUGCAGCUCGAUCGACAAGGCCCAUUGUCGAUUCAAGGCGGCGGCCUCUCCUUCGAAACGCAGCGGGUCGAGGAUCGUUCCUUCAUGGAUGCCGCGCGCGUCGUCAGGGAAGCGGCGGCCCACCCACACGACGCGUUGCUUUAGAUCGAGAUGCCGGUGCCCGACGCGCUUCGAGAUGGCCGAGCGGGCACCCUUCAGCGUCAUGUGCAUCUGUUUUAAAUCGACAGCGAACGUCCCAUGCAUCGCCGCGCUGUCCCU